AUGUUACAGAACACACUCGAACAUCGCGAGAGCACAGACCUGUGCACGCGAAAAGCAGCAUUUACGACGCUCAGUGCAACGUUUCUGUCCCCCAGCCAGGAAUCCUUGACGGAUUCCAGCUUCACGGAAGUUGCCACUUCCUUUAGUUCGCUGGCGACGGCGCUCGAUCAACGCGGACGUUUCCUGGAUUGGACUGUAGAUGACAUCCCUCCACGACAAAUAAUUUCAAUGUCUUUGGUGUUCGAGGAAGACUCAGAUCAGACUGCAUGCAGGUUCAAACGUUCUCAGGCUGAAGGCGGACUGAUUUUUGCAAGCUACGACAAUCUGUGUCUGGGCGAUGCACAUGGUUAUAUUUCCGGUAAUCUCCAUUCUCAAUAA